AUGCGCUUACUGUCGUUGUCCUUCUCUCUGUUUACAUUUAUCUUGCUCCUCUCUUUAUCCCAAAGCCAUGCAUCCUCACAACAUACAAACAACUGGGCUGUCCUCGUCUGCUCCUCCCGCUACUGGUUCAAUUACCGCCAUAUGGCAAAUGCGCUUGGGAUGUACCGCACAGUUAAGCGAUUGGGCAUCCCAGAUUCCAAUAUUAUCUUAAUGCUGGCCGAUGACGCGGCGUGUAAUGAGCGGAACAGCUUUGCUGGUAGCGUGUAUGCGAAUCCAGGAAGACAUUUGGAUUUGUUUGGAGAGAAUAUCGAGGUAGAUUAUAGAGGGUAUGAGGUUACCGUGGAGAAUUUCUUAAGGCUUUUAACGGGCCGUCUUCCACCGUCCUUUCCGCGUUCUAAACGCCUCUUGACUGAUUCCUCCUCCAACAUCUUCAUCUACCUCACCGGUCACGGCGGGAACGAAUUCUUGAAAUUUCAAGACAAUGAGGAAGUAUCCGCACAUGACAUUGCCGAUGCCUUUCACCAGAUGUACGAAGGUGGAAGAUAUAACGAGAUCUUUUUCAUGGUGGAUACGUGUCAAGCGAACUCGAUGUACUCAAAGUUUUAUUCGCCUGGUAUUCUGGCAACGGGAAGCUCUGUUGUCGGAGAGAAUUCGUAUUCGCACGAAAAUGACUACGACAUCGGCGUAGCCGUGAUUGACUCCUACACCCACUACGUCCUCGAAUACAUGGAAAAAGUCAACAAAACCUCCCGACUCACAAUGGCCGACCUUUUCACCUCUUACGAUGUCCCGAAGAUCGGCUCCCACCCUGGUGUCAGGUCGGACCUAUUCGACCGACCUUUAGGUCCGGAACACCCGAUGAACGAGUAUGGACGAGGUAGAGGAUGGACUGUCGAGGGUGGCGGAGAGUGGGUGGGAAGAGAAAUGGAAGCUGAGAAAAGGGGAAGAGGGUUGAGAGAAGCACUGAUUACGGAUUUCUUCGGAGGUGUUGUGGAAGUCGAUGUGGAUGGCGAGGGUGAGAGCGUGCUACAGUUGUUCGAGGAUUUUGAAUGUCCACCUGUGUUCAAGGAACCGACUCCCCCUCCUAUUAAAACGUAUUCUCCACCUCCUCCGGCUCCUGUAUCAUCAACAUCAUUAUUCGACGAAUACCCCUUCCUUCGUCCAUCCCUGGCCUUUGUCAUCCUUGGCGCGUUAUUCGCGUUCGUUUUCAGUGGAGUAAUCUCUAGACGCUCGUGA